CGGCUAUGGGAAAUGUAGUUCCGCUGACGCUGAGCUCGGGGCCAUGGCGUCGUCGGCCAAACGGCGGCAGCUGGAUCCGGCAGUAGAGGAAAGUGCAUCGGAUGAGGAGUCCGGGGACAGCAGCGGAGAAUCGGAGCAAGAAGUAGAGCAAGAAGUGCAAGUAGAUUUUGAAGCGCAUACCAUAUCUGACAUUGAUCAUAAUGGAAUCAAGAGAUUGUUACAACAGUUAUUUCUCAAGGCCAGCGUCAACAUCACUGAACUAGCAGACAUCAUAAUACAACAAAAUCAUGUUGGAAGUGUUAUCCGGCAAGCUGAGAUAUUGGAUGAAAAUAAUGAAGAUGGUGAUGAAGAUGAUAUCUUUGGGUUCAUCACUGCUAUAAAUCUGACUGAAAGAAAGGGAAUGGAGUCUGUUAAGCAGAUUAAAGAAUUGGUUCUGAGCCAGUCCAAGUCUCAUCACCAGGGUACAGCUGAGCAGCUGGACAAAAUACUAAAUGACAACAGCAAGCCAGUGAGUUUUCUCAUCAGUGAGCGCUUCAUCAAUGUGCCACCACAGAUCUCUCUGCCCUUGCACAAACAACUCCAAACUGAAUUGAUGGAUGCCCACAAGAGCAAUAAACCUUGUGGCAAAAGUCAUUAUUACCUUAUGAUCAGCAAGACUUAUAUGGAAGUGGGAAAGAAAAACAUGCCACAACAAAAGGGCAAAGUGAAAGAAGAACUAAUGUUUACAAAUGCAGAAGAGGAAUUCUUUUAUGAGCAAUCUGUUAUAACAUACAGCUACUCUGUGCAAGAAGACAGUGACAGCUGUCUAUCUGGUCGCUGGUCUUUUGAUGACAUACCUAUGAAACCUCUUCGAACAGUUAUGCUAAUUCCUGCUGACCGAAUAAAUGCAAUCAUGAACAAACUCGAGGAGUACUUAACAAUAUGAUGAACUGAAACUAUAGAAAUCAUCCAUUUUGGAAAAAUAAAUUGUACUAAAGUUUCAAAUUGUAAAUAUGAGUAUUUUAUCCCAUUAACUUGGUAUUUUAAAGAAGUGAUACCUUUUGAAAUAGAAAUAUAAAACAUUUUUCUUUGUUCUGUUUUUAUUUAGACAAAUGAAUAUUAAAAUUUUUAAAGAAAAGAAUACAUUUGGGCUAAAAAUUAACCAAGAGGAAAAUCUAAGAAGUCAGCUUUAAAGAGAAUUAAAGCUUUUCAAGUUCCUGGA